GUAUAUAUAUGACUUCCGAGGAAGGAGACUACUACCACAAAGCAGGUGCCGUUGACGGACGAGCAUGUGGUGCCUACAUUUUCAGUGAACCGGAUGAAAUCAUCGAGAUCCGUUUGAAUUUUAUGAAUGUACCUUGUGAAAAUGGUGGUCUCAUAUCGGUAGUUGAUGGUUGGGAACUGAACGGAGAGUUUUUUCCCAGUCCUCAUGACCAUCCAAGGCCGCUGAGGUCAAGGUUCAGUGAAUUUUGUGGAGAGAAAAAAGUGAAACAAAUUUUUCUCAGUUCCCAAAAUGUUGCUCUUAUACAAUAUUGGAUGCCAGCAAGAGGAAGCACCUUUAGCUUCAAUGUCAGAUUUGUGAAAAACCCCAAUCGUAAGUUGAAAAUUGGUUACUCGGGAUUCGAUGGAGUCAACGAAGGCCAUUUUUCCCUGAUCAUGAUUGGCGAAGGUUUUACCUUUGAGAAAGUGCUUGGAAAUAUGUGCCAGAAACGUGGAUUAGACGAUUAUGUGCAGAUAGGGGGUUCUCCAGGACUGGAUAAUGCCAACCUCCAAUUAGCUGACACGCUUUGCGGGCUAGACUCAAAAGCAGGAAAACACGUGGAGGUUGUCGCUUGCGAUACAACAACGGUUAGAUUGGUGUCGUCAGGAGCAUUUGAAAAUUCAGUUACAGUUUACUUGGGCCAACUGACAGACGAUGAUAUUAAUGGCCACAUGAGCGUCAUUUGCUAUCCAGAUGAUGUGGAGAAAUAACUCUCCGAUUGAAGAUACACUUUCUACAUCACCCCGCCCAGGAGUACACUACAGGACUUCAAAACGAAUAUUAUCAAUUAUUUAUCAUUUGGUAGGUGCAGUUACUGUAAAAUAAGACAUGUAAAAUGAUAUAUGUAAUAAGUCCAAUAAAACUUAAGACAAAUGA